AUGACAGAGCAAGAAGAGACAAUUAGUUUUCGUGAUCAUUGCAUUAAAUCAAAUUCUUCGGAUAAUCUCUUAGACCAAUUAUCAGUAGCACAACCAACAAUGGAUACAGCACGAGACAUUUUAACUCGACGACGUGCUCUCGAUUCAACCGAAAAGCAGGAUCUCAUAGCUUAUGUACGCCAUCGAAGAAACAGUAUAUUUCAACACGUUAUCGGUUACAAUUACGAUGAUAAUUCUAUUACUGGUGGUCUUUAUACUCGUGUAGGGAUCGGAAGUACCGUACAUGCAUUGUUUAUUCUCAUUGCAUUGCGUAAAAGUUUGAAACGAACUUCUGCACAUGAAUAUCCAGCACGUGAAAUGAUCACUCUACUGAUCAUGCUUGAUUUAAGUCUGUGGUUUGAAAAAACAACAACAACAACUAAACAUGAAGCAAAUCCAUUUCAACUAGCCUUCUACCAUGUCAUUCCAUGGUCGAUCAUCGCUGCCAUCGCUACACCACUUCAAAUCUUUUUUCGUUUUCAUGCAUCUGUCUGUCUUUCACAUAUUUGGGCAAAUAUGUACCACUUGCCGCCAUAUCAACCAGUAUCUCUUCGUGACCUUUGA